AUGAGUGAAGAUACAACUUUUAAUCCGCCGAAAACCCUAUUAAUUGAUAAGGAUAAUGUGUGCUGCCGAGGAUGUAAUGCGAAGAUUAUAGGUAAAACAGUGACCUGUCCUCAGUGUAAUGCCAAAUAUCAUCCAAGCUGCGCUCUUCUCACUGGAACUAACUCUUCAGGUGCCUUCACUCGCUGCUGCUCUCGUAGACCUGCCUCGCCUCUACCCUUUUCAAUAGAAGCGCUGAAGGAAUCAAUUAUCGAAGAGUUCAAAGGUUCCCUACAGGACAUUAUCGUCACGUCUGUUAACACAGCCAUUGGCCCCAUCAUUCAAAGCACUAUGCAACCGCAGAUUAGUUCACUAAAAAGGAACCUUGAAGACACUGUUAAUAAACACAUAAGUGUUUUUAAUGAAAAACUUAGCUUGGUUGAUGCCAAGCUGAGUGAAGUACAAAACUCAAUAGCAGCUAAUACAAGUGUACUUGCCCAACGCGUUGGUGACAUUGAAUCCAGACUGGCCAAUCUUGAUCAAGACACUGCAAGAAUUGAUAGUAGAUGUGAUAAUCUUAAAAAGGACCUUGAGAUAGCCAAAUUGUCACCCUCUAUGUCUUCUCGGAAUGAUGACCACUUACUCGAUGAAAUCGAAGAACGAGAUAAGCGUAAAAAAAACAUCAUCGUUUAUGGCCUUCCUGAGGAUAAAUCUCAAGGUCCUUGCCAACCUCCAGAUUCAUCGGGAUUGGACAGUUUUACAACGUCAGAAGCAUGCAUCGCUGAAGAAGGAGUUGGCUCAAAGAAAAGCGAAAGGCGAGGAGAACAUUUGCCUGGUCACGCGCAACGGAAUCUCAAGGAUAAUAGAGACCUGGAAACAAACAUAACUAUUUUCUACCAAAACUCUAGAGGAAUUAACACAAAAGCAGAUAGAAUUUCCAGCACAAAGAGAAAAGGUGGCGGAGUCCUAUUUGCUAUCAAACUGCAUAUCUCAGCAACGCAAAUUCCUCUAGAUCAUCUCACAAAUAAAUAUGAAGACGUGGAUGCAAUAUGUAUAAGAAUCUCAUCACCUGGUAAACCUUCACUUAUAUUGGUUAUCGUGUACAUUGCCCCGGACAUCGGCCGACAUCUAUUUGACCAAUUCUUUGAUGACAUCACUGGAUUUUUAUCUGAAUUUCAACGUCAACUUGUCGUACUUGGUGACUUCAACGCCCCUGCCUUCUGCAACUGCUACAAUAUCUCCGUCUGUGAUCACAAGUCCAACGUCAUUAGAAACUGGCAAGAGCAUCUUGGGCUCAGUCAGUUUAACUCUAUUUUUAAUAUUAAUCAAAGAUGUCUUGACUUAGUCUUUUUGAACAUUGGUUGUCUUGUGGAAGGUUCCUCUUGGUCCUUAGUUAACCCUGAUAAUCAUCAUCCUGCUCUUGUCAUCUCACUUAAGUUAAAUAAUACUUACAAAAGUAAAAUAUCACCUACUCCUAAGCAUGACAUUAAUUUCAGCAAACUCAAUACUGAUCUCAUUAAUGAACUAGUCUCAAUAGAGUGGAACCGGAUCCUUCCACCAGGCGAACCAAAUGUUUUGUGUGCUACCUUUUAUGAUACGAUUAAUUCUAUUUUUAAAUCAUGUACUCCUACUCAACGAUUUAGUAAUGUAAAUACUCGAACUUUUCCUCCAUGGUUCAGUUCCAAAAUUAAAUCUGAUCUGAAGCUCAAAGAGUCGCAUAGAUUAAAGUUUAAACGUACUGGGUCUUCGUUUCAUUACCAACAAUUCGUGAAGCUAAGAAUUUCAAUUAAGUCCCAGAUUGCUGCGGCUCGGCUAGAAUAUAUUAAGACCUCCGAGCUCAACUUUGACAAGCAACCCUCAGCAUUCUGGUCUCUUAUGAAAAAACUUCGAUCUGAUAAAAAUAACACGCAGUCUUUUGUAAUCAAUAAUCAAUUAACCACUGACUUAAAUUUAAUUGCUGAAAGCUUCGCGGAUUACUUUGGAUCUGUCUUUUUUUCAGCUUCGGAUCAGUUCAAUUCAUGUCCGUAUUUAAUGGAUCACUUGGGCUCUGUGGAGCUUCCCUCGUGUGAAGAUGUUUUUAAUUCCAUCCAAAAGCUUCCUGAUAAAUGGUCGGCUGGUAUUGAUGUUAUCUAUCACACCGAUCUAGGCGUUACAUUCGACAACAAACUCACCUUUCAACCUCAUAUUAAUAAGGUUUUGAAAGGCUCUUGGAAGAUGUUAGGGUUUGUUACACGAUCUAGUCGUAAUUUACAUACCAUAAAGGCAAUGAAAAGUAUCUACUAUUCUCUACUUAGAUCCCGUUUAGAGUAUGCCUCGAUUGUAUGGUCUCCAAUUUAUGAUGUUUACUCAAACAAAAUUGACAAAAUACAAAAGAAAUUUCUUAAAUUUCUCUUGUGGAGGACUGACGGAGAUUAUCCUGACCCUGGGUCGGACUAUGUCAGCCUCUGUAGGAGAACGUCGAGACGUAUACGAUCAUUUAAACGGGUCGGGCGCUCGUCAAUCGGAGGCAAUGGCAAGUAUGCCCGUCCAGUCUCCGUCUACUACAACGAGGGCCCCCAACAUUUACCAGCAGUAUCCAAAGGGCCAAUAUCGGGGUUUCCAGAAUCAAUACCCCCGAUCAAUUCUUCAAAACUCGCAGAAACAAGUCAUAGAACAACAAUCGACGAUCACAGAACCGAUACCUCUCUUAAGACCGGAACAGCAGCCAUCACAGAGCAGUAUGAUGUCACCGGGACAACAAAAUCCACAACUGAUGACUGCAGGAGAGUUGCGAGUCCAACCAAGGACGAGCCAAAAUGCCUAACAACAGGAAGAGGCCCGUCAGUCCAUCUACGAAGUACAGCGCUUCGAAACGGGGGAGUAAACGCCCUUCUCGACACCGGCUCCGACCUCAAUCUGCUUUGUAUAGAAGAAUUACACGACGAAGCCCUUUGCAACAUCGAAAAUACGGGAGUAGUCGGAGGUAUUGCCACGAGCUCAAUGCCUUUAACCGGUUCGAUAAAUCUUAAAAUAUUCGGCGUGAAAAUUACGUUCCAUCUCGUUCCAGAACCUCCGGGCGGUUAUAGGGCCAUUUUAGGAAACGAAUUUUUCAUCCAAAAUCGUGUAACAUUUCAUUUUAUUGGAACACCUUAG